AUGGUCUAUCUUGCUGUGUCCCUCCCUUUCGAGAUCUUGUUCAAAGUCAACACACUGGUCCAAAACGCUUGCGUCCCAGGACCAGCUCUCGAUCCCGCCUUCUAUCAGCUCCUUAACCCGCAGAGAUUCGAUAGAGCUCUCAUAGACCACUGUCUCGAGAAGCUCUUUCACCUCCCUGAAUGUUGUUACGCUCCCGCUCGUUGGCUACGCGAAGAGUACUCAUCAUGGGUCACGAAAGGGAAGCUUCCACAGUCUCCGAUGAUAUCUCUAGACGAUGGGCUUGUGUACAUGUAUCGAGUCCAAGUCACGCCUACUAGAGUCUAUUUCUCUGGCCCCGAGGUGAACGUUUCGAACCGUGUGCUACGUCACUACUCAGACUACAUCAACAACUUUUUACGUAUCUCGUUUGUCGACGAAGAUCUCGAGAAAGUUCGCUCCAUGGAUCUCUCUCCACGCUCCUCUACCGUGAGAAGAACAAAGUUAUACGAGAGGAUUAACUCUGUUCUUAGGGACGGGAUUGUCAUCGGUGAUAAGAGGUUCGAGUUUCUCGCAUUCUCUUCCUCCCAGCUGAGGGAGAACUCCGCGUGGAUGUUCGCGCCGGUCAACGGGAUCACCGCAGCCGACAUCAGAGCUUGGAUGGGUGAAUUCGACAAUAUACGAAACGUGGCUAAAUACGCUGCGAGGCUCGGCCAGUCGUUUAGCUCGUCCAGGGAGACGCUUACUGUUAGGAGAGAUGAGAUUGAAGUGAUUCCAGAUGUCGAGAUCAGAUCUUCGGACGCGCACUAUGUGUUCUCCGACGGUAUAGGGAAGAUCUCAGCUGAGUUCGCUAGACGCGUAGCUAAGAAAUGCGGCUUGACGGAGUUUUUCCCGUCUGCUUAUCAAAUCCGUUACGGCGGAUAUAAAGGAGUGGUGGCUGUUGAUCCUAACUCGUCGAAGAAACUGUCUUUGAGGAGGAGCAUGAGCAAGUUCGAGUCGGAGAACACGAAGCUGGAUGUGUUGGCGUGGAGCAAGUACCAACCUUGUUAUAUGAACAGACAGCUGAUCACGCUUCUGUCUACUCUCGGAGUCGAAGACAAUGUCUUCGAGAAGAAACAAAGGGAAGUUGUGAACCAGCUCGACGCCAUCUUAACCGACCCUACGGAGGCUUUCGAGGCUCUCGGUUUGAUGGCUCCAGGGGAGAACACGAAGAUUCUCAAGGAGCUAAUCUUGUGUGGUUACAAACCCGACGCCGAGCCUUUCCUCUCGAUGAUGCUUCAGAAUUUCAGAGCGUCGAAACUGUUGGAACUACGGACCAAAACUCGGGUUUUCAUUCCUCGCGGAAGAUCGAUGAUGGGAUGCCUAGACGAGACCAGAACGCUUGAAUACGGUCAAGUGGUCGUGCAGUAUACGGAUCCCACUAGGCCGGGAAGUAAAUACAUCGUCACGGGACUUGUUGUGGUUGCGAAAAACCCGUGUCUCCAUCCCGGUGACGUGCGUGUUCUUCAAGCUGUCAACGUCCCAGCUUUGAGUCACAUGGUGGACUGCGUUGUUUUCCCGCAGAAGGGCCCGCGGCCACACCCAAAUGAGUGUUCCGGGAGUGAUUUAGAUGGAGAUAUAUACUUUGUAUGUUGGGAUCCUGAACUCAUUCCAACAGGAACGUCUGAACCAAUGGACUACACUCCUGAACCAACUCAAAUCUUGGAUCAUGAUGUCACUAUUGAGGAAAUUGAAGAGUAUUUCACGAACUACAUUGUGAAUGAUAGUCUUGGAAUCAUCGCAAAUGCUCAUACUGCUUUUGCUGAUAAGGAACCACUAAAAGCUUUCAGUGACCCGUGCAUUGACCUUGCACGAAAGUUCUCUAUCGCUGUUGAUUUCCCCAAAACAGGUGUUGCAGCCGAGAUACCUCAGCAUCUUUACGUGAAAGAGUAUCCAGAUUUCAUGGAGAAGCCAGACAAACCGACGUACGAGUCAAAUAACGUGAUUGGUAAGCUCUUCAGAGAGGUGAAAGAGCGAGCUCCACCAUUGAUCUCGAUCAAAUCGUUUACUCUUGAUGUGGCCUCCAAGGCUUAUGAUAAAGACAUGGAAGUCAACGGAUUUGAGGAGUAUAUUGACGACGCUUUCUUCCACAAGGGCAACUACGAUUACAAGUUAGGUAAUUUGAUGGAUUACUAUGGGAUUAAGACAGAAGCUGAGAUACUUAGUGGCGGCAUCAUGAGGAUGUCGAAGUCAUUCACCAAGAGACGGGACGCGGAAUCUAUUGGAAGGGCGGUUAGGUCGCUUAGGAAAGAAGCUUUGUCGUGGUUCAAUGCUUCUGAUGAAGAAGAAGAGGUGGUUAAUGAAUCUGCAAAGGCCUCGGCUUGGUAUCAUGUGACGUACCACCGAAGUUACUGGGGAGUUUAUAACGAGGGUUUGAACCGUGACCAUUUCUUGAGCUUUGCGUGGUGCGUUUAUGAUAAGCUUGUGAGGAUUAAGAAGGCUAAUGUUGGGAGGCGUCAAAGGCAGGAGGCUCUUGAGCGGUUAGGCCUCAUGCGUUUGAGUUGAUUCUUAGCCAGAUUUUUAAGAACUUUGGUUUUUCCUUUGGUUGUGAGUUUUUAUGUACUAAAUGUUUGUGGUUUGGAGUGCUCGUUGUACUAAAUGUUUGGUUUGUACUAAAUCGUAAUUUUCGUAUCCUGCAAUCAAAUAAAUCUAUGUUA